CAGUUCUGCAGUGCCAGGGAGCAGAGCAGAGCCCAUCCCUGCACCAAACACAGAUGGGACCAUGAACUCCAGCCACAAAUUUAGCCAGACCCCCUCAGGCUCCCUCCGUGGCACAGGAGGCAGCUGGGGCCAGCUGGGGAGCUUCCCUCGGGCUCCCAGUGUCCAUGGGGGGGCUGGGGGUGUCCGCAUCUCCCUUUCCUUCAGCUCACCAAGCUGUCUGCCUCCUGGAGGGCCUUGGGGAUCUAGAAGAGGCAAUUCCCUCCCAGGUGCAAGUGGGAAGGAAGUGAUGCAGAACCUCAAUGACCGCCUGGCUUCCUACCUGGACAAGGUACGUGCCCUGGAGGAGGCCAACGAGAAGCUCGAAAGUCGCAUCUUGAAGUGGCACGAGCAGAGAGAUCCUGGCAGUAAGCAAAAUUACUCCCAGUAUGAGGAAAACAUCAGCCACCUGCAAGAGCAGAUCAUGGAUGGCAAGCUGACCAACGCUCAGAUCAUUCUUCUCAUUGACAAUGCCAGGAUGGCAGUGGAUGACUUCAGCCUCAAGUAUGAAAAUGAACACUCCUUCAAGAAAGAUCUGGAAAUUGAAGUUGAAGGUCUCCGAAAGACCUUGGAUGAUCUGACCAUUGUCACAACAGAUUUGGAACAGGAGGUUGAGGGAAUGAGGAAAGAGCUUAUCCUCAUGAAGAAGCGACAUGAGCAGGAAAUGAAGGAACAUCAUAUGCCAAAUGACUUCAAGGUCAAUGUGAAGGUGAAUACAAUUCCAGGAGAAGAUCUGAUUAAGGUCCUGGAGGAUAUGAGGCAGGAAUAUGAAUUUAUAAUAAAGAAGAAGCAUCAAGACUUGGACACUUGGUAUAAAGAGCAGGCAGCAGCCAUGGCCCAGGAGGUGGCCAGUCCAGCAACUGUGCAGAGUAGCCAAAGUGACAUUCAUGAACUGAAGCGCACUUUCCAGGCCCUGGAGAUUGACCUGCAGGCACAGCGCAACAGAAAAUCUGCUUUAGAGAACAUGUUAUCAGAGACCCAGUCUCGGUACUCCUGCCAGCUCCAGGACAUGCAACAGAUCAUCUCCCACUAUGAGGAUGAAUUGAGGCAGCUGCGCCAUGACCUGGAGCGUCAGCACAAUGAAUACAAGGUCCUCCUGGGCAUCAAGACCCACCUAGAGAAGGAAAUCGCCACCUACCAGCAGCUUCUGGAGGGAGAGAGUGAGGGGACAAUGGAGGAAUCGAAGUCAAGUGUUAAAGCUCCAAAGAUCAAGGCCAUCACACAGGAGAGUGUCAAUGGAAGAAUAAUUCUUUCUCAAGUGAAUGAGAUCGAAAAGUAUGCAUAAGGCCAAUAAAAGUUUUGACCUAUUAUAAGAACUACUUUUCCCCAAUGGAAAUUCUUGCCCAGACAAAGGGGUGAGUCCUAAGAGGUAUCCUUGAAGUUAUCAAACUCAGAAUCUUAUUUUUUUCCUCUGUAAGACAAUCUCACGAGACAUUCCAUAAUGAUCUUAAUAUAUUGCUAUACUUUUUGAAUCAAAGUAUGAGUUUAUGAGCUUUUUAAAGCUCUACUUUCCUACUACAAUCUUCAGAUUGCCAUUGCUACAUAUCUGUUUUGUAGUCAAUAAAACUCUAUACCAGCUGCA